UGGUGUAUCUGGAAGGUUAAUUUGCAUGCUGAAUCAUGUUUUCUGUAGAGGGUGGCAUAUUUCCAUUCCAAACCUGAGCUUUCCAGCAGACCGCACCAGGGACUUGUAAGAUAAUCAGUUGCUGGAGCUGUAGCAGGGACAGAACCCCUCCUUAUUUAGGUUGGAUCACUAUAUAUUCAACAAUGACCCCAAUGAAAACUGCAAUAUUCUUGCUAUGUAUUCUGGCUGUUGGCUUCCUCUAUAGGGUCAAUAUUAAAGAGAACGCUUUCAACCUCAAAACUUUAUUCUUUCCUGCAAAGAUUUCCCCAGAGGACUUUUUAUAUGCAGGGAAUGGCAUCAUGUUUGUAGAGACCACAGACCGGAUGGAUCCACCUCAUCUAGUGUUGUGUUCCAUUGAGUCAGCAGCCCGUGUGUACCCUGAUAGACCGGUGGCUUUCUUCAUGAAAGGUUUAACAGACAUAAACUCAAAAGAAGAUGAGGUCAAAGCACAAAUGAGUUACCCAACACUUUUACCUUAUGAUAAUAUCUAUUUCAUCCCUCUCAGAAUGAAUGAAUUGUUUAACAAUACUCCACUUAUGCCCUGGUAUCAAAAGGUUAAUCCCAAGGCUGAAAUCUACUGGAAACAUGUCAUAUCAGAUGCAUGCAGGUUGGCUCUGAUUCAUAAAUAUGGCGGCCUUUAUUUGGACACUGAUAUUAUAACAUUUCGCCCUGUUCCAGAAAAAAACUUUUUAGCUUCUGAGGAAUCUCAGAUGACUGGCAGUGCUGUACUUGCAUUUACUCCUCAUCACACAAUUGUCUGGCAGUUCAUGGAAGACUUUGUCAACAGUUAUGAUGGGACUAUCUGGGGACAACAAGGACCAUUACUCUACAAUCGAAUUCUCAACAAAUUAUAUUGUAAAGUACCUCCAUUCAAAGGCCAAGAAGAUAUCAUGUGUGGAACAAUCUUAUUUUUAAAUACUGAACGUUUUUUUCCAGUCCCAGGUAUGCAGUGGAAAAAGUUCUUUGAAGUAUGUGAAAAGCUUCCAACUUUCAAUAACUCUUAUGCUUUGCAUCUAUUUAAUUAUGCAAAUACAAAUGAUCGUAAAGUGAUGGUCCCUGGAAGCAACACAAUGGUGGAGCUUCUUUACAAAAAGCACUGCCCUAUUACUUAUCAAGCUGUUCUAGAGAAAAGACCUACCUACCUUAAAGUAGAUUGAUAGCAUAACUAAAAAAGCCUAAUCUUGUAGGCAAUAAUGAAUAAUAUAUGACACUGGUUUCACUUUGGGUUAAAAAUUAAUAUUAUCAUAAAAAUUACCUCUUAUUGGAUCUCUCUACAGAUCAGCUACUGUCCAUGUCUAUGUUUCAAAUUAGGGGUGGGUGUAACCUAACAGUCCCUACCAGAAGGACAGGAGUAGGCGGUGCAUAGCCAAUCACAGCCCUGAAUUCAUACAAGCUGAGACUCUUCUGUUUCCUGUCAGGUAAGCCUAACUUCUGAUUGGUUGCUAUCCUACAGUGCAAUGUGCUAGGUGCUGCCAGCUCCCCUGCACAGCCUGGGAAAGGAGGCAGCAGGAAGUGGAACCGAUGGGUGGGUCUAGUAGGGUUAUUGGGGACAUUUUCAAUAAAUCAGGCAAAAACACAACUUCUUAAGCAUAUUCUUUCUAUAUGUUAAAAAAUAUAAUACACUUGCACAUUAUUAUUCUUUAAAUACACACCAUGAAUCCUAAAAAAAAAGGAAAGGAAUAAUUCAUUCAUUUAUUAUAAUCCAAUGAAUUAAUUUCAUUUUAGUUGUAAAAAGGUUUUGUCAGUCAAGGCAUAAAAAGGUUUAAAAACAAGUGAAUUUCUUAUAAAACUCACAGCUGUAAUUAUGUCUUAAAUAGCAGAUCAGCUACAGUGCUUUGCCCUCAAGGAGCGUUAUACAAAUAAAAAAUACAAAUAAUAUUAUCUUGUUCUUUUUUUUUUCUUUUAUAACCUGGUUAGCUGUUUUUUUUUUUAUUUUUGUGUGAAGUAAAAUAAAAAGCAAAUUAAGUUUCCUCUACUCCUCUGAGCAUGGACUGGCACAUAAUGUCAUUUCUUUGCACAUCAAUAAUACAGAAGACAAAAUUCUCUAUCCCAAUUUAAAUACCAACUAAGAAUAAAGAAUGUUGAUUCAGUGCUUUCCAAACCAGAAGGGCUUCACUAAGCUUUUGCUUCCAGCAUUCAUAGCAUGCACAUUUUUCCUCCUUCCUUGUCUUCUCAAUGCUCCCCUCCCUUAAUCCUUGGGCAUCCAGGAGGACCAAACUAUUAGAUCAGUUUCAAUUUUACUAGCAGUUUUACUAGCAGUAGGUACUAUGAAGGUAAAAUUUCGUCUUGAAAAAAAAUGUAAUAAUAAAUGCAAUGCAUUUUUUUUACUUGG